GCAAAAGACCAAAAUCAGGUAAUUAGAUACAUUGAUUGAUAACGUGCUGGAAGUUAUAAAUACAGGCCCUCUCCCUCCCUCCCAAGUCCAAUAUCCAUCCUCCCAACCCAACGGCAGUAGAAAUUAUUACCACCUAUCACGCCAGAUCAAAGUCAGCAUCUCAAACCAUGGCCGACCAAACCUUCCAAACCGCAUACUUCGACGAGGCCACCCCAUCCCCCUCCACCACCUCCUUCACCAUCUCAGCCGACUCCCCAACCGACAUCUGGAGCAAGCCUGGUCCCCCCGAAGUAGUCACCUUCAACGCGCCCCUCAUCUACAAGCCCAUUCCCCUCUCCAAAUUCCAGCGCGCCCGCGUCACCGUCACUGCGGACUGGGGCACGCUUUACGACCAGGGCGGGCUGGUGUUUAUUCUCCCCUCUUCCGUCGAAGGUCAGGCAGGGAAGUGGAUCAAGACGGGUGUGGAGUUCUACUCUGAUGAGGUGUAUGUGUCUACCGUUGUGAAAGACAGCUGGGCGGAUUGGAGUCUGGUGCAGGCGGGGAUUAAGGAUGGGAAGGUGGUGACGCUUGAGAUGGAGAGGGAUGCGAAAGAGGGGACGCUUUGGAUUUAUGUUAUUGAUGGGGAGAAGAGGAUUCCGUUGAGGGAGGUGACGUGGGUGUUGAGUGAGAAGGAGCAGGAGGUCUGGGUUGGGGUAUAUGCUGCUACGCCCACGACAGAGAGGGGGGAUAGGGGGAAGCUGGUGGUGGAGUUUAAGGAUUGGGAGUUGGAAGUGAAGAAUUAAGAGUUAAACCGAGAGGCUAUUUGUGAACUCUUACCAAUAAUAUAAAUCCAUUUGAAUUACUUAAAUACUUUGAAACCAAUCCUCAUUUUUAA